ACACCACCUGUGAAGGAUGUGACUCCUAAUGUCAAUAGCGUUUGGUCAAGUCACGUGCAUGAUCUUGCUGCAACGCGGUCGGCAAUAGAUGAAUGCCUAAAACGGCAUAUUGCUGAGCGGAACGAAGCGCAUGCGAAGUUGACUUGGAUUAAGCUGCGCCAUCAGAGGACAUGUCAAGAACGAGACCUCCGCGCCCGCCGCAAACAGAAGUUUGCUACCCAGCCGACUUUGCCGGAGGAAUUCAUUCAACAUACUUCUCCCUUUGCAGAUAUACCUGUUGUACAAAUGCCGUUUGAUCGAAGCUGGGCUUCCAAAGGUCUCCCUGACAUGGCACAAGAGGUUUUUGUCAAAGCCAAACCAAGAGAUACUGUAUUUCGAUCCGGAUUAUCGGCUCAUACAACAAAGUUCCGGUCGGAAGCUGUGGUCAUACCUCCUUUCAAGGAAUACGUUAGCUUGAGAAACAAUAUUCUAGCUGACAACGAGUCAAAGUUGCUCGCGACACCAUACUUUGAAGAUGAAGAUUACGAAAGCCGGCUAGCUCUAUUGGAUGCGCUUCCGACUAUAUACGAAUUAACACACGACGAGAAGGGACCAAUCGAUCUACGCAAAGAGCAGUGUCGGUUCUACAGAAUUGCGAUCGAAGCUUUCCUAGGCGAGAUUGGCGUGACUUGGAACGAAGUCCUAUACUGGUUGCUGGCAUCCGACGAUGUUAUCAAGCAGAUCAAUACUGGCAUGUCUGGAAGCGAGGAUUUCUCAUCCAUAUUGCUUGAAAGAUCGCAGUACAGCAUUGAGGAAUUUGAGCGAGAUGAGGAGCUCAAGGAAACAACUUUAUUCGACCGUGACGAUGAGAAAUGGCAGGACUUUAUCAAACAACUCGAGAGACCUUCUGCAAUGACCCUGAGGCUCGCGGCCAUAGCUUGCUCUGCUGUGCUACAUGAAUGCGAAUUCAGCAUAUGGUAUCUGGCCCAACAGUCUGAUAUUGUCCAGAACAAUAUUCUGAGGAAGACUUUAACUGGAAAAAAUCCUGUCCAAUCUUCAUAUAGACAGAUUUGGUGCAGGGUGUGUCACCAGCACAAUUGCCUCCUCCAUGGCGAGUUAAGGCAAGUUCCCGAAGAUUCGUGGAUGACUGAGUCAGACGAGGACGAUGACGAGUUUCAGAGUAGCCGUCGCAACUCAGGAAGUACGCUCGACGAAGACUCGAGUCCUUUGCCUGCGCAUUUCGACGACGAUUCAGACAUUGAGAAGGUGAUCAAUUACAAGCUACCAGCAAAUGCCGACGCAUUCAACGCCUAUCCCGAAUCAGAAAUGAUUGCAUCUAGAGGUGCGAAACCACCCCCAGGAAAAUUCAAUGCGCACUGGUGGUUGCAACGGGAUCUCGUGCAGCACUGGGAGAAGCGUAAACCAUUCUUUCCAUGCAAUCACGAGGGUAGCUGCGAGGAUGCAAGAUGCCGGUGCUACCGGGAGGGCAUCACCUGCGAGAAGACUUGCAAGUGCUCCCAAUCAUGCAAUCGGCGGUUCCCUGGUUGCGGCUGUUUGGUCAUUCCAGGAAAGCGGGUUUGUGAUUCAGACAAAUGCCUCUGUGUCAAAUUCAACAGAGAGUGUGAUGCAGAACUCUGCGGAUCCUGUGGCGCGACUGAAAUCCUCGAUCCUGUCAACCGAUACAACGAAGAUGUAGUAGCCCGCAACUGUUUCAACGUGGCAAUUCAGCGGGGUGUUCCUCGAAAGACGUUGCUUGGACACUCAGAAGUACAUGGAUUUGGGUUGUACAUGGGCGAAGAUAUCGAGAAAGGAGAAUAUAUUGGCGAAUACACUGGCGAAGCUAUCUCAGUCAAUGAAGGCAACCGCAGACUCACCAUCUACGACUAUCAGAAGACGAUGUAUCUGUUUCGUCUGAACUCGAAACAAGAAGUGGAUGCUACAUAUAUGGGCAACAAGCUCCGCUUUAUUAACAAUGCUGAUGACAAAUACACCAACUGUGCGCCGAGGAAUCUCCUCUGCAACACUGUCUUUCGCAUAGCACUCUUUGCCACAACCAACAUCAAGGCGGGUACAGAAUUGUACUUCAAUUAUAAUUAUCCGAAAGAGAAGACAGCACAGUUCAAGCAACCAAACGGCAAGGUUGUUGCGGUCAAAGAGACCAAGCCAAAGGUGAAGAGGGUGGAUGCAGGCAGCAAAACCAGCCAACCAGUUGUGGAGCGCGACCGAUCACGUAUACUGGCAGCUACUGCAAAGGCUAGAGCCGCCAAAGCGGCUAAGAGGGCGGCAAUGCUAGAGGAAGAAGCCAGGUUAGCACUUGCAAAGUCUCUACCAGGACCAUUCCGAGCACGCAAGACUGCCACUGGCACGCCCAGUGUGAAGAGAGCGUCGAAAUUGCGAGACAGUCUCUGUAGAAACGAGUCUACUGGCUCCGACACUGGCCUCGACGUUGAAGUGAGUGAUGGCGAAAUGUCCGUAGCUGGUGCAUCACAAGAGACGACGACAAGCCAGUACGUGGAGGACACGGACGAAGAUGGAGAAUUUACUACAGGUGAUAGCCAGGAAAACGGAUAUGAAAACGUGCGCAGGUCUGCACGGCAUGGUAGUGCUGUGGGGCACCGGAGGCCAGGCAGACCGCGCAAAAGGGGGUCUGAUGUUGCGCCGGCGAUGGCCACUGAGAGGAGGAGUGGGAACUUGGGCGGAGCGCGACCGGGUGCUGGUAGAAAGAGGAAGAGACCCGUCAUUCUUAAUAGCGAUGACGAGUGA